ACAGGAACAGAAACCGGGUAUUGCAGAACAACAGUAAAAACAGAACCAGCUUCUGAAAGUACCUGCAUGGAGAAAAGAGGGGCUAGGAAAACUGAGGAUAUGACAAACUUCAUGGAUGACUUAACCCUCAGCUCACCGAAGAAAAGAGAGUCAUCUUUGAGAUCCAAGAGAAGUUGUGAUAGGUCGUCAACAAGGUCAUCUAGCAGAUCCUCUUGCAGUUCACGGUCCAGUUCAAGUAGUUCCUCUUCAGCUUCUUCCAGGAGCUGGAGCCGGUCCAGAUCAAGGUCAUGGGCUAGAAGAAAUGGUUCCCGAAGGUACAGAAGAUACUCUCGUUCAUAUUCCAGAAGCCGGUCCAGAUCACGGGGCUCCAUGAGAUACCGAGGAAGGUACCAUGCCAGACACUACAGGAGGUACCACCGCUCUCCUCCUCGGUACAGAUCACGCAGUAGGUCCUGGUCUCGUGGAAGAUCGUAUUACAGAAGAUCCUAUUCGAGAAGCAGAUCAUGUUCAAGAGGACGAAGAUAUUAUGGAUUUGGGCGAACAAUAUAUCCUGAGGCUUACAGGAGCUGGAGAAGCAGGUCACGAACAAGAUCUCGGAGUAGGUCACCUCUCCAUUUGAGUGAAAAAGAGAAGAGGGAACUCCUGGAAAUUGCAAAAGCUAAUGCUGCAAAAGCGCUGGGAACAGAUAACAUAGUCUUGCCAGCAAGCCUGAAGAUCCUUACUCCCACCAAAGAGAUAAAAAAUGAAAAACAAGAGCGUGAAGAUGCUGGAGAGUCAGCUGAGCAACCCAGAAGACCAGGAGAAGACAUGACCAAAAGUGCAGUGGAGAGAGCCACCAUCCAAAGAAGCAUUUCGUUCAGCCCUAAU